CCAUGAAAAUAUACUUUCUCUGGUUAGUUUAGGAUAAACCAGUGGAACAAAAUGUGCUUUGAUUCUUGUGUUGUUUCGAAUCCGUUUGCGAAAUCAUCUUGUGACUUUUGAUUCAGUGGAACAUAAUGAGAUGUCGCGCACGCCACUAGCGUCUAUGAACAAGCAAUGCGUCUUCUUGGAGCACGUUGCCAGAGUUGUAGGUUCCUCCAACAUUCAAAUUGUAAGAGGAAGAGCGGAGGUAAAGGAGAAGUUAUAAAGGGUUGGGAUGCUGACCUCGAAGGUGAGUACUCUGAAAAUGAAGGUUUUGAGGAAUCUAAUUAUGCUCCUACAUGUGAAUACAAGGACGAUGACUGGAUGUUAAUUAGUCAAUGUUCCAUGAGAGUAUGCUCUCUAUCUUUUCUCUUUGUUUUUAUUUGUCUCUGGUUUGAUCUUUAGCUAUAAAUUGAUGGCAUAUACGUAUUCUGUAUUGUACCAUGUUUGUGACAUCAUCAAGACAACCAUUAUUUGUAAACAAUUUCUAAGAAUUACAAACAGUUCCUACGUCUCAGAUGCCAUAAACAUUAGUGUCUACCAAUCCCGGGGACCACUGUUUGGGAAGCUCUUCUUUUCCUUAAGAUAA